GGCUUCUCUAUAAGAUGGGAGAGAUUCACCGAGCCCCAUCAUUUACUGGAAACAUUGACCAGAGACACUGAUUCCUUCCAAAAUGAAGAUGUAUAUUUUCAGUCCUCUUCUCCUUGUACUUGUUGUCUCUACCGUUCAGGGCAGAUAUUUUAUGCGUAGUUCACUACUGACACGAAUGCUGCACGAAGGCAAGGGACCAGGGCAGAGAGAGGGCAAUGGCCAGGGUGAGGAGAGGUAUUCUAACAUGAAUCAGGGAGAACAGGGAGAUAAUUCGCAACCGAAACGUAUGAUGCACGAAGGCAAGGGACCAGGGCACAGAGAGGGCAAUGGCCAUGGCCAUGGCCAGGGUGAGGAGAGGUAUUCUAACAUGAAUCAGGGAGAACAGGGCGAUAAUUCGCAACCGAAACGUAUGAUGCACGAAGGCAAGGGACCAGGGCACAGAGAGGGCAAUGGCAAUGGCCAGGGUGAGGAGAGGUAUUCCAACAUGAAUCAGGGAGAACAGGGAGAUAAUUCGCAACCGAAACGUAUGAUGCACGAAGGCAAGAGACCAGGGCACAGAGAGGGCAAUGGCAAUGGCCAGGGUGAGGAGAGGUAUUCUAACAUGAAUCAGGGAGAACAGGGUGAUAAUUCGCAACCGAAACGUAUGAUGCACGAAGGCAAGGGACCAGGGCACAGAGAGGGCAAUGGCAAUGGCCAGGGUGAGGAGAGGUAUUCUAACAUGAAUCAGGGAGAACAGGGCGAUAAUUCGCAACCGAAACGUAUGAUGCACGAAGGCAAGGGACCAGGGCACAGAGAGGGCAAUGGCCAUGGCCAGGGUGAGGAGAGGUAUUCUAACAUGAAUCAGGGAGAACAGGGCGAUAAUUCGCAACCGAAACGUAUGCUGCACGAAGGCAAGGGACCAGGGCACAGAGAGGGCAAUGGCCAUGGCCAGGGUGAGGAGAGGUAUUCUAACAUGAAUCAGGGAGAACAGGGCGAUAAUUCGCAACCGAAACGUAUGAUGCACGAAGGCAAGAGACCAGGGCACAGAGAGGGCAAUGGCAAUGGCCAGGGUGAGGAGAGGUAUUCUAACAUGAAUCAGGGAGAACAGGGCGAUAAUUCGCAACCGAAACGUAUGAUGCACGAAGGCAAGAGACCAGGGCACAGAGAGGGCAAUGGCAAUGGCCAGGGUGAGGAGAGGUAUUCUAACAUGAAUCAGGGAGAACAGGGCGAUAAUUCGCAACCGAAACGUAUGAUGCACGAAGGCAAGAGACCAGGGCACAGAGAGGGCAAUGGCAAUGGCCAGGGUGAGGAGAGGUAUUCUAACAUGAAUCAGGGAGAACAGGGUGAUAAUUCGCAACCGAAACGUAUGAUGCACGAAGGCAAGGGACCAGGGCACAGAGAGGGCAAUGGCAAUGGCCAGGGUGAGGAGAGGUAUUCUAACAUGAAUCAGGGAGAACAGGGCGAUAAUUCGCAACCGAAACGUAUGAUGCACGAAGGCAAGGGACCAGGGCACAGAGAGGGCAAUGGCCAUGGCCAGGGUGAGGAGAGGUAUUCUAACAUGAAUCAGGGAGAACAGGGCGAUAAUUCGCAACCGAAACGUAUGCUGCACGAAGGCAAGGGACCAGGGCACAGAGAGGGCAAUGGCCAUGGCCAGGGUGAGGAGAGGUAUUCUAACAUGAAUCAGGGAGAACAGGGCGAUAAUUCGCAACCGAAACGUAUGAUGCACGAAGGCAAGAGACCAGGGCACAGAGAGGGCAAUGGCAAUGGCCAGGGUGAGGAGAGGUAUUCUAACAUGAAUCAGGGAGAACAGGGCGAUAAUUCGCAACCGAAACGUAUGAUGCACGAAGGCAAGAGACCAGGGCACAGAGAGGGCAAUGGCAAUGGCCAGGGUGAGGAGAGGUAUUCUAACAUGAAUCAGGGAGAACAGGGCGAUAAUUCGCAACCGAAACGUAUGAUGCACGAAGGCAAGAGACCAGGGCACAGAGAGGGCAAUGGCAAUGGCCAGGGUGAGGAGAGGUAUUCUAACAUGAAUCAGGGAGAACAGGGUGAUAAUUCGCAACCGAAACGUAUGAUGCACGAAGGCAAGAGACCAGGGCACAGAGAGGGCAAUGGCAAUGGCCAGGGUGAGGAGAGGUAUUCUAACAUGAAUCAGGGAGAACAGGGCGAUAAUUCGCAACCGAAACGUAUGAUGCACGAAGGCAAGAGACCAGGGCACAGAGAGGGCAAUGACAAUGGCCAGGGUGAGGAGAGGUAUUCUAACAUGAAUCAGGGAGAACAGGGUGAUAAUUCGCAACCGAAGCGUAUGAUGCACGAAGGCAAGAGACCAGGGCACAGAGAGGGCAAUGGCAAUGGCCAGGGUGAGGAGAGGUAUUCCAACAUGAAUCAGGGAGAACAGGGCGAUAAUUCGCAACCGAAACGUAUGAUGCACGAAGGCAAGGGACCAGGGCACAGAGAGGGCAAUGGCAAUGGCCAGGGUGAGGAGAGGUAUUCUAACAUGAAUCAGGGAGAACAGGGUGAUAAUUCGCAACCGAAACGUAUGAUGCACGAAGGCAAGAGACCAGGGCACAGAGAGGGCAAUGGCAAUGGUCAGGGUGAGGAGAGGUAUUCUAACAUGAAUCAGGGAGAACAGGGCGAUAAUUCGCAACCGAAACGUAUGAUGCACGAAGGCAAGGGACCAGGGCACAGAGAGGGCAAUGGCCAUGGCCAGGGUGAGGAGAGGUAUUCUAACAUGAAUCAGGGAGAACAGGGCGAUAAUUCGCAACCGAAACGUAUGCUGCACGAAGGCAAGGGACCAGGGCACAGAGAGGGCAAUGGCCAUAGCCAGGGCGAGGAGAGGUAUUCUAACAUGAAUCAGGGAGAACAGGGCGAAAAUUCGCAACCGAAACGUAUGAUGAACGACCGCAAGGGACCAGGGUACAGAGAGGGCAAUGACCAUGGCCAGGGUCAGGAGAGGUAUUCUAACAUGAAUCAGGGAGAACAGGGAGAUAAUUCGCAACCGAAACGUAUGAUGCACGGAGGCAUGCGACCAGGGCAAGGCAGUGGUCCGCAACGACAGGGCAGUGCGCAACAUCAGGGCAGUGGACCGCAACAACAUGGAAAUGAAGUAAUCGACUUAGCCCAUAUCGAGGAUGAGUUUGCCAGAAAGUGUACUCUAGUGCUGGAGAACGUUGAACAACUGAGGAAGGAAGCGAACAUCGACGAUAAACUGGUGAGGGCCCUGACGCAGCUCCUUAAAAGGAACCUGCCAGAAGGCGAAGACGAGGGUCCUCUUCUCGAAGAGAUAAUCGAGUUCUGUGAGAAGACAAUGGUGAACGAGGCACCACAGGAGCCCGCAGAUAUUAUUCCAGAGUAAACAGCACGAAAGACGUUGUCCUGGCAUCAUUUAGCACCAGAUAAUCAACUAAAAGAGAUCCUGCACUUGAUACUUUUUAAGACUUUCAAAGAAUUAUUUCACACCCAUGUGUAAACCAAUUAUAUAAUCAUAUGGCAUAAUAUAGCCGUGUUAACAUUCUAUAUGACAGUACCAAGAUGCCACCAAAUUGUAUUCAGACACUAACACAAUGUAGCACCUUAAGCAUACACACAGCAGGCGCGGAUUUAAGCCCGGGCCCAUGACACCCGGUCCGCCUCCCUCCGUCCCCUUCCCUCCCACCCAUCCCCACCCCUCUCCCAACUCCUAUUUUAAUUAAUUUGUCAAGUAAUAAUAAUUGUUUAUACAUAAGGUGAGAAAUUUAGUUUAUCAGCUCCAUCCCACUACAGUAUAUUAACGUUUCGGGCCUCCAGGCGCGUGUGCAGCAAUUUUAGUAGGGGGUGGGGGGGGGGGGUCCAGAUUGUGGUGACCGAAGUUUAUAGGAGGGGGUCGAGUCAUGCUCCCAUGGAAAAAGUAUUGAGAAAUAUAAAAUGACAAUUUUCUUCAGCAGGAAGCGGUUUCGACCACCGAAACCCUCCCCCUGAACACGCGCCUGGGCUCCCCUACUAGAAAAUUCUAGAUCCGCGCCUGUAAAGUAUACUUUAUGUAAACAGAAUGCACUGAAUGUUUAUUUAAUUAAAGAUAUUUGCGCACUGUU